AUUAUUCACUUUACGGGUGCCUAGUAGAAUAUUUAAUUAACCACUACGCUCACUAGGUACAUUAUAAUUUAUUAAUUGUGUCCCGUUUAACACUUUAGCAAAACACUUUCCAACCGUAUACGACCGUCAAUGCCGUUUUACCUAGAUGUAAUAGGCUCGCAGUGACGUCGAGUUCAGCUGAGAGCAGAGUUGUUUCGUGUAUUUGGGAUUUGGAUCAUCGCAUUACAAAAACAACACUGCACUUGUGUGUUAUCAUGUAUGUAAAACGCGCCUAAGUGAGGACUGAGAACGUCUUAUUGUGCCUGGUGGACUUGGAGCUACAACGAUUGCGCUACGCAAGAUGGGCAGCUGCUUCAGUUGUCAGAGGGGCUCGUCCGGCAAGAAGGACAUGACGGGCUCGCCUUCCAACGCUGGCAACAGCAAAGACAACAUAUUGCCAGCCGUGCCCAACGUGCCCAUUCAGAAUAUGCCACCCCACGACAACAUACGUGAAGUCAGGAAUGGACCGAUGCCGCCGGUUCCCGACCAAGAGCCUUCUAAUGCGACGAAUGCAUCGGCAAAAAUAUUUGUAGCCCUCUAUGAUUAUGACGCACGCACCGAUGAAGACCUCAGUUUCAGGAAGGGAGAACAUUUGGAAAUUCUGAAUGAUACUCAGGGAGAUUGGUGGCUAGCCAGGAGCAAAGCUACCAAGCAAGAAGGUUAUAUCCCUUCUAAUUAUGUUGCCAAAUUGAAGUCUAUAGAGGCUGAGCCGUGGUAUUUUGGCAAGAUCAAAAGAAUCGAAGCUGAGAAAAAACUGCUAUUGCCAGAAAAUGAUCACGGAGCAUUUUUAAUAAGGGAUUCUGAAAGUAGAAGAAAUGAUUACUCUUUGUCUGUUCGCGAUGGUGAUACUGUUAAGCAUUACCGAAUCAGACAAUUAGACGAAGGUGGAUUCUUCAUUGCUCGGCGGACAACCUUUAGAACUCUACAGGAAUUAGUAGAGUACUACAGUAAAGAUGCUGACGGUUUAUGUGUCAACUUACGUAAGCCUUGUGUACAGGUUGAGAAACCAGUAACUGGUGGUUUAUCCCAUAGUACAAGAGACCAGUGGGAAAUUGAUAGAUCUUCUUUGAAGUUUGUCAGAAAAUUAGGACAUGGUCAGUUUGGCGAAGUUUGGGAAGGCUUGUGGAAUAAUACAACACCUGUUGCUAUAAAAACAUUGAAGACUGGUACAAUGGAUCCCAAAGAUUUCUUAGCUGAAGCCCAAAUUAUGAAAAAACUCAGGCAUACCAAAUUAAUUCAAUUAUAUGCUGUUUGUACGAUGGAAGAGCCAAUUUAUAUUAUCACUGAACUUAUGAAAAAUGGAAGCUUAUUAGACUUUUUACAAGGUAAAGGACGUGGUUUGAAACUCCAACAAUUGAUUGAUAUGGCAGCUCAAAUAGCGUCUGGUAUGGCUUACCUUGAAUCUCAAAAUUAUAUUCAUCGUGAUCUUGCUGCUAGGAAUGUUCUUGUUGGAGAGAGUAACAUUGUGAAGAUCGCAGAUUUUGGUCUUGCUCGUCUUAUAAAGGAGGAUGAGUAUGAAGCAAGAGUUGGUGCUAGAUUCCCUAUCAAAUGGACUGCGCCAGAAGCUGCUAAUUAUAGCAAAUUUUCUAUAAAAUCUGAUGUAUGGUCAUUUGGAAUUUUACUCACUGAGCUGGUUACCUAUGGGCGAAUUCCUUACCCGGGUAUGACCAAUGCUGAGGUAUUGCAUCAAGUUGAGCAUGGUUACCGAAUGCCAAUGCCACCUAAUUGUCCUACGGCAUUGUAUGACAUUAUGUUAGAAUGCUGGCAUAAAGAUGCAAUGAAGAGACCAACAUUUGAAACACUUCAGUGGAAACUGGAAGACUUCUUCACAAUGGAGGGGUCUGAGUAUAAAGAAGCAUCGGGUUACUGAGAUCACGCCCGCCUCUCGGAGUGGCCUAUGCAACAGGCCAUCGCUCUACGCGGUGCUAAUCCCCAAGCAGCCGCCAUAUAUAUGCAACAUGCAUCUGCGGUUUAUCACGCACAUAGACAUCAACUACAUCAUUUGCACAAUAUUUAUCAUUAACACUGCUAGAUACAUCUUUGACCAUCAUUACUUUUGGUAAGUCAUAAAUAUUUAUAACUUAUCAGUUUCUUAUUUCUUUUUUUUUGAAGUUUUUAUUAAUGAAUUGUUUUUAAACUAUUUAGUUGUAGAUAACCUUUUAAUUUUAUUAGAUACUGUUAUUCUAUUCAACAUUAGAUUGUAAACUUAGGUUAAAUUAUUUUUUAUAUCUGCCAACAUGCUUCAUCUAAUUUGUACUUUUUUUUCAUUUUUAUCGAUGUUAAUAAGUUCUAUUUUUUUAUAACACAGUGAGUAAUAUUAUCUCUGUAUGUAUAACCAUAAACAUAGCUCAAAGAAACCUUGUACAAGAAAAUUUAAUUUAGUGAUGUUGUUCCUGAAUCAGUAAACUGUUCCCUUCAUUGUGUAAUAUUUUAAAACUGUGAUUGUUGUAUAGUUCAUAUGAAAUUCAGAGAACUUGUGUAUUAUAUCUAAGGACAAUGCAUCUUUUUAUACUCUGGGUAUAUAAUAUAUAUUAUGUUUUAUUAUAACAGGUGUAUUUUUACCUGUUUAUAAAAUAAUAUAUUGUAAGUUGGUACAAUUUUUAAAUUUAUUGUUCAAUUCAUUAAUUUACUAGUUCUUUGUUCAAUAGUAUUAAAAG